AGCCUAUAACAUAACAGAGCCUUCGCGUCUUUUUUUUGUCCCUGUUUUGAUGCAGUAAGGAGACAUUUCGCCUUUUUAUUUUUUAAAAAUUCACCCAUGGAAUGUGUUGGUGGACGUGACCACAUAUUUUUAGGCAGGCCUGUUUGGAAUAUCGUGGCAUGUUACUAAUUUUAAUUGCAGCCAGCUGGCAUGACUUGACUUGUGUAAACCCAAAGAACCAAUGCAAAAAAUAAUAAUACAUCGUUACGCUAACAAGAUAUUUAUUGCAGUUUAGUAUUACAGCAAUGAACGGAUCGUCGGUUAACUUCCACAUCCCCUUGACGUCUGGACCGUACAGAUAAACGAGCACCGGAAGGCCAUUCGGGAAGAGACGAAAUGGAGACUCCAGGCCCGAAGCAGUAAUGAUACCGCAGAACCACAAUUAAAAGUUAGCAAACACAAACCCCCAAGCCCCGGUUGCAUCCCUUUUUUUCUAUGACACAGCCAGUUCAUGCCCAGCUAGAUUCGGUGGAAUCGCUUUUGGACGAGCUCCCAUAUAUGUUUUAUUUGGGCCUGUUUUUUGUGAACGUCCUAAUCCUCUACUAUGCCUUUCUGAUGGAGUAUAUCGUCCUGAAUGUGGGUAUAGUGUUUCUGCCUGAGGAUAUGGACCAGGCGCUGAUGGACCUCGGGGUGCUGUCCGACUCGGCUUCCAUUCCCUACGACACUGACACGGAACUGGACGUUUUCGAGGGCUAUCUGGAAUGACAAGAGGUGGAGGUAUGAAGCACGUGUGGAGGCCAGGGGGGGGUCCCCGGAUCUGCCAUGACUGUGGGGGACUUUGCCUCAAACGACGUGGACUCUUGCAACAUCUCACUCUUAUGGAGAUUCACAGUCCAAAAGUUGAGGCCGAGGUCCGAUGUGUCCCUCUUCUAGUCAUAGAAGAUGCUGAAGGAUUUUAAUCGACACAGGUGGUGCAAGUGCAGGAUUUUUCUUACUAACUAAUCCUGUUCCAGCAGCUUAUUUGCUCCAAGCACUUGCUUUUUUUGGCAGUCAAUAAACUGAAAUCUACUGCGCUGAGGGGUGUCUUGAAGUUGCUGCUCUGCCCAGGAUUACUAGUAGCUACUACUUAGACAGGUCUUUCAUUUUCAAGAUCUAGACUUUUCAUAUUAUAUCAGGGAUGUUCACUCCCAGCUGCAACCAAGAAAUCUGGUGUGCUGGCAAGACACAAACAGGCUGUGAAGAAUAAGAUAGGGGUAUGAGGCUUCAAAUGGAAGAAUGAGGUUUUAACCUCUUCUUUGCUGUGCAAAA